UUUUUAUUUUAUUUUUAUUUUUUGACUUGGCGAAAUUGUGUUUGCUUUAAUACUCUCGUUCGCAUUUUCUCAGCUUCCAAUCAAGUUGAUCUUGUACCGUUAAAAUUAUGCUCCACCAUUUGAUCCCCAAACUGAAAUAACCAUAAAAUUUGUUUUUUUUUUUUUUUUUUGGCCUUUUUAUAAAAAAAUAUAUUUUUUUAAAUUUUUGUUUGAGUUGAAAAAAUUGAUCAUAUUUGGAGGCUUUGCUUUAUAAUUUUUUCCCGGUUCUUUUAUUUGAAGAUUCAUUACAUAUCCAAAACCCUCAAAACCCUAGAAGAGGAACUACUUCCAAUGCAAGCACUGAACUAAAACCCUAAUCGGCGACCUGUUAGCUCCGAUCGAUCAUCGGCCGGCCGGCAGGCAAACCACGAAAGCUAAAACCGGAGAGAGAUUCGAAGAGCGACAAAUGGCAGGGGUUCUGAAACCACCAGGAGCAUUUGCAGUGACACCGCACAAAGUCUCAGUCUGCAUUCUGCUUCAGAUCUACGCACCGGCUGCUCAUAUCUCAGUUCCUUUCCCUUUCUCUUCCGUCGCUCAGCACAACCGUCUCGGAUUGUUCUUGUUGGCUCUCACUAAGGCAUGUGAUGAUAUUUUCGAGCCAAAACUAGAGGAACUAAUCAGUCAACUGAGGGAAAUUGGCGGCUUAUUGCAUCAUUGGUUAACUGAUCAUUUAACAAAUAAGCUAUCAACUCUAUCUUCACCCGAUGAUUUGUUUAACUUCUUCAGUGAUAUGCGAGGAAUCCUUGGGGGCACUGAUUCAGGUGUUGUGGAAGAUGAUCAGGUUAUUUUGGACCCAAGUAGCAAUCUGGGGAUGUUUCUACGGCGUUGUGUUCUUGCCUUUAAUCUAUUAUCAUUUGAGGGUGUGUGCCAUCUUUUGACAAAUUUAGGGAUCUAUUGCAAAGAAGCCCUCUCAAAUUGUCCUCCUUAUGAAGCUCAACAUUUAGACGAUUCUAGUAAUGACUUGGAAGUGCUUUCACAAUAUGAAAACAUGGAUCUGGAGAAUUUUGUUUUUGAGAAGGUCACUGAAGAGAUUGAAGCUAGGGAAAGGGCCAGUAAAAGAGUUCCUUUUCAUCUUCAUGUGCCCAAAGCCCUGUGUGGUCUGGUUGAAGAUAUUGAGGUUCUUGUUGACCCUAAAUCCAAACACGGUGACAAAGGCAGAGAAGUUUGUCAGUAUACACAUUCUACAAGCGAUGCAUUAAGAGAUAUUGAUCCUAAUGGUGGUAUGUUUCUCCGCACAAACUGGCAGAUACAAGGAUUUCUACAUGAGCAAGCUAAUGCGAUUGAAAGGCAUGGAGGUUCUUACUCUUUCAAUGCUUUUGAACUUAUUAUGAAGCAGCUUCAGAAAUAUGCACCUGAGCUACAUCGUGUUCACUACCUGCGUUACUUGAAUAGCCUUUAUCAUGAUGAUUAUUUUGCUGCAUUAGAGAAUCUUCACUGCUACUUUGAUUACAGUGCAGGGAUCGAAGGAUUUGAUUAUGUUCCUCCUUCAUCUGGUUGCAACAGUCUAGGAAGAUAUGAAAUUGCUUUGUUGUGUUUGGGGAUGAUGCAUUUCCACUAUGGGUACCCAAAGCAAGCUUUGGAGGUUUUGACUGAAGCAGUUCAUGUUUCUCAACAGCAAAGUAAUGAUACCUGUCUCGCAUACACAUUAGCAGCUAUCUGCAACUUGUUGUCUGAAACUGGUAUCUCAAGUACAACCGGAAUACUGGGAUCAUCACUAUCACCUUUUACCAGUAUAGGCAUUUCACUGUCUGUUCAGCAACAAUUGUUUGUGCUUUUGAGAGGUUCUUUGAAACGAGCAGAAAAUUUGAAGUUAAAGCGAUUAGUGGCUUCCAGUCAUCUUGCAAUGGCUAGAUUUGAUUUGACUCAUGUGCAAAGACCUCUGCUAUCAUUUGGUCCCAAAGCUUCCAUGAAACUAAGAACAUCCCCAAUUAAUGUUUGCAAGGAACUAAGAUUGAGUUCUCAGUUGAUUAGUGAGUUUUGCACUGAAACUUCUGCAAUGACAAAUGAGGGUGAUUUUAGUACUGCAUGGCUUAAGAAUUUACAUAAACCUAUGGGUUCACAAGUAUUAUCUGAAGAAAGUGGAUCCGGAAGUUUUAAUGUUUUCCAAUGCUGUGCACAACCAAGUUCAAUUCCUGGGUCCGUGUUGCAAUUAGUUGGUUCUUCAUACUUGGUCCGUGCCACUGCAUGGGAGAUAUAUGGCAGUUCCUCUCUUGCUAAAACAAAUGCGCUCGUUUAUGCAACUUGCUUUUCUGAUGUUUCAAGUACCUCUGAUGCAGCAUUAGCAUAUGUGAAGCUUAUCCAACAUCUAGCGGUUUUUAAAGGAUACAAAGAGGCUUUUGCUGCUCUUAAAAUAGCUGAGGAGAAGUUUUUAACUGUAUCAAAGUCACGAAUUUUACUACUAAAACUGCAGCUUCUUCAUGAGCGUGCUUUACACCGAGGACAUCUGAAGCUUGCUCAACAAGUAUGUGAUGAGCUUGGAGUUCUGGCCUCAUCUGUUACUGGUGUGGACAUGGAACUGAAGACAGAAGCAAGCCUUCGUCGUGCUCGUACAUUGCUUGCAGCAAACCAGUUUAGUGAGGCAGCAGCAGUUUCACACUCCCUCUUUUGCAUGUGCUACAAGUUCAAUCUGCAAGUUGAGAAUGCAACCACACUUCUUUUGCUUGCAGAAAUUCACAAGAAAUCAGGCAAUGCUGUUUUAGGUCUUCCAUAUGCAUUGGCAAGCCUCUCAUUUUGCCAGUCAUUUAACUUAGAUCUUCUCAAAGCAUCUGCCACACUCACACUAGCUGAGUUAUGGCUCUCACUUGGAUCAAGUCAUGCAAAGAGGGCAUUGGCCCUCAUACAUGGGGCUUUUCCAAUGAUUCUUGGUCAUGGAGGACUGGAACUCCGUGCUCGUGCCCAUAUUGUCGAAGCAAAAUGCUAUCUAUCUGAUCCAAACUUUUCAGUUUCUGAGAAUUCUGAUGUUGUACUGGAUCCUCUAACUCAAGCUUCUGAUGAACUGCAAGUUCUGGAGUAUCACGAGUUGGCAGCUGAAGCUUUCUAUUUAAUGGCAAUUGUAUUUGACAAACUGGGGAGACUAGACGACAGGGAAGAAGCUGCAGCUUCAUUCAAAAGGCACAUACUGGCCCUCGAAAAUUUUCAGGAUGAGGAAGAUCCUCUUGUCAAUAUGUUGUAAAAUUGUUAUAGCUGUGUAUAUGCAUAUUCAACUUAUAGUUUACCCAAAAUGGUUUUUUUUAUUUAUUUUAUUUUAUUAUUAUUACUAUUAUUUUAAGUCCCUUGUAAAAUAUAUGUAAACAUAGCAGUUUCAUUUUCA